UUUUUUUUUAUCGUUGCCUUGGCAGCAGCUGUUGAGGCGGAAGCCACGUCUGGACGUUUCAGAAUGGACAUAAGAGAGAAAAAUUUGCUGGGCGGUGGAGAGAAUAUUGUUGAAAUGGACGACUUCGACGAGGAAGACUUCGCUUUAUCAAAGUCAUCAGCGGCAGAUGCAGAGUUUGAUACAGUUAUUGGCAACAUCGAGGAUAUUAUUAUGGAGGAGGACUUUCAGCGGUUACAGCAGAACUUCAUGGAGAAGUACUACCAGGAAUUUGAUGACACAGAGGAGAAUAAGCUCAUCUAUACACCCAUCUUUAAUGAAUAUAUUGACCUCCUGGAGAAACAUCUGGAACAACAGCUUGUAGAGAGAAUUCCUGCAUUCAGCAUGAGUGCCUUCACACAGUCUCUCAAGCAGCACAAAGAUGAAGUCUCAGGAGACAUAUUUGACAUGUUGCUGACCUUUACAGACUUCAUAGCCUUCAAAGAAAUGUUCAUCGAUUACAGAGCAGAGAGGGAAGGCCGAGGGCUGGACCUGAGUCACGGGCUGGUGGUGAAGUCUCUGAGCUCUGUGGCCCCUACACCAAUUCCUUCCACCGUGGCAGUGGGACCCAAGUGAGCCAGGAGGCUCAUCUGAACCUAACACCUCCCCAAUCCCAGUGCCUCUCCAACACCAACGCCUCCCCGAUCUUCAAGGCGUCCCCGACCCCAACAUCUCCCUGAUCCUCAAGGCGUCUCCGACCCCAACGCCUCCCCGACCCCAAUGCCUCCCCGCUGCAUACUGAGCCUCUGACCAGUAAUCGAUCCAAACGCUCUGCUAGCCCACACCCCGAGCGACACACAUCUCAGAAGAGUUCUGGUCUGCUGUGACAGGCUCCAACCACUGUCACAUGGGAAUGACUCCUGGCACACAUGAAGUGAACUCUCCUGACUAUGCCUGUAAGUUUGCUUUUGGCCUUUUUUUUUUUUCUUCUUCAAAUGUAGUCUUCAUAGACUGACUGUAAAAUAUGUGCAUCCAUAUGCAGUAUUGUGAAUAAGCACCUGAACAUAACUUUUUGUUCCUGUAUUUUUUCAGCAUUAGAAAAACAGAGAAUGACUAAUAUUUAUAUGUUUAUCUUUUCUUUUCUGUGUAUGCAGAUUCAGAGCGAGUGUGUGUGUGUGUGUUUGCCUGCCCCUAUUUUAAAGUAUGUGUGUAAAGUGAAUGUUGUAGUUGUUACAUGCUUCUGCGUAGACACUUGUUUCUUUUCGUGUUUCCUGUCCAGUGUUUCUUCCAAAUGCUCACUUACAUGCUUUAGACAAUAAGCCAUUGGUGUUAUGUCAUGUGUGUGCUUGACGUAACUCCAUUGUGUUAUUCGUGAAUUUAUGAUUAUGUUUUAUUCAGAAAGGGAAAUGUUUGCACUCUGUUCAGUGCAUGGCUGUAGAUGCAGCAGGUUUCCAUUUUACAGGAGAACCCUCUCUAUGCUGUGUCUACUGCAAUUUGUACACCUUCAUACAACACCUUUGUCCAUUGCAGUCCCUCAUUUCUUUACACAUCUAAAUGUAGUCUGUCAACUAUACAUCUAAACGUCAUCCCACUUCCUGCUGUAGUGACUGAAGUCCCUGAAAUCCUUUAUGUAAUUUUUUACAAAAUGGCUGUCUUUUACAUGUACAUAUUUGUUGGUCAGGCUUUGUUGAUAUGGAUGUGACUGGUGAGAAUAAAUUCAAACAUGGUUUAAAAUCA